UAUAUAACUGGAAGAUCCUUUUUCACAAAAAAAAAAAAGGAGAGAAAAAAAACAGAGGAAAAAGUUAAAGAAAGCUGAAGGGUAUUAAAUAUCAAGCCCAACGAUAAGAACAAAGCAGUAUCGUUGCUCUAUUAUAAACUACUUCGUCAUAAUCGAACGAUAUACUUCUUCCGAUCCCAUUCUUCACCUUCAUCUAGUGAGUGUGUCAUUUCAAACAAUGUGCGCGAGUUCUUUGAGUAGUAAUGCUAUAAUUCUGGGUGUAAUUUUGUUUGCAUGCUUGAUGGUACUUGAAAAUCAUCAUGUGGAUGCUUCACCGUACGAGGACAUAUGCAACAUGGUACCAAGCAACUUUUUAUUUUGUAUGAAGUGCUUAGAAAGGAAGUUGGGGCACGAAAUCCAAAAUGACAAACAGCAAGAAGAACAACAAAGCGAAGGAGAUGUGCAAGUGAAGAAAUUGGUUGCAAAACUCAUCGAUUGUGCUCGUCGUUCUUCCAAGAUUGCUCGAAAGCCAAUGAUAGAUGCUUCUAAUAACUCCACUGACACUAGACUUCAAGAAGCAGCAAUUUAUUGUGUGCCGAAACUUAAAAGCGUAGAAGCACAAUUCUUCACCGCACUUGAAUUUUGGAAUUAUGAUCGUAAAUCGGAUGCAUUGAAUGCCAUUAAGACUGCCCAAAAUGAUUAUUACGAUUGUGCUGCCCGAACUCCACAUGAAAUGCCGCAACUCAUAAUUCACGUAUUGAAUUGUAUUAGAGCAAGAGGUGAAGUUGCGGAAAAGGUUAUCUCUGCAUUACAGAACAAUCCUCUGUGGAGCACGAAUAGCACAACUUCUUUCUGUCUUCCUUCCAAUUCACACAAUCUGGAUCUUCAUUUCCGGCGUCUUCGAACUGGCACCCGGCGGGUUGGUGACAGCAACCGUCGGCGUCCCGGAAACGAUCGCAGUAUUGCCGGUCGACCAAACACUUUUCGAUCUUUCCCCACUGAUCGUUAUUAUGCACCAGGUCCUUCUGCAUUUGUUCCUGAGUUGGGCAAAUAG